AUGGACAGUUACUUUAAAGCUGCGGUCUGUGACUUGGACAAACUACUUGAUGAAUUUGAACAGAAUACAGAUGAAUAUGACUGCUACAGAACACCUCAAAAUCCAUAUGACUCAAAACAUCAUUCGCUUUCUUCAGUUCUGGAUUGCUUACAACAUGUAUGCCCAACACCAGAACUGCAAGAGGAUGCUGACAAUUGUACUUCAUCAGAAGAAAUCUCUCUAGCUAGCCACAUUGGAACAAGUGAAGCGCUUCUGAGUUAUUCACCACAAAAUGAGAAGAGCAUUGCCGGACCUGAUCUUUUGUCCACUGUGGACAGUGGUUCCUUAAAUGAAAUUCAGGCUUCAACCCUGGGAAGGUGUAGUAUACCUGUGUGUGAUCUUGUUAGUGACACAGGUAACUUAAUCCAUUCAGUGGCUGCUCACGAAGAUACUCAAAAGUUGCAGCCAGAUGACUUCCAGUACAGUGAAGGUUUGGUUGGCUUUGGCAUAUCUUGCAUACCUGUUCCUACUUGUGUGUCAUCAGCUGGUUGCAGUGGUGUUUCAAGUACAGAGCAGAGUGAUGGGGACUCAAUGCUACAAGAAUCAGGACAUCUUAAAACAGAGGAGAUUAAUCACUUAGCUUUAAAAUCUGACAGUUAUGCUACAACAAAGAUCUCAGAUCCAUGUGAUGAUCAACACAGGACAGAAUCUGUAAAGUGCAGUGAAAUAUUUGAUCAGCCUGAACAAACUGCUCGCCUCAAUACUGCACAUGUCCCUGUAACAUCAGAGAAUUCAAAUGCAUACAAUCCCAAAGAUGAGAAAGCAUAUGAAAAAUUGCCUUGUGAACCACAAGAUGAAAGUGCAGUAAGCAGAGAGAUGUAUGGAAGAAGUGCCAUAGAAAUGGUAGACUCAAAAGAUGACAGUAAUGUUGAAUCCAUGCCUUCAGAUCUGCCAAAGAGGCCUCAGUUGCACAAAAGCCAUGCAACAUUACCUGCAAAUUGUGUUUUACCAGGCUCUUCAUAUGAAACAGGAGCUGAAGUAGAAUUGGAAAAGAAAAUCACAGAAGAGAAUGUACGUGGUGAAGAAUUUAAUACCAAUGAAAUUCUAAACAGUGUUUCAACUUCAUCUAUUUCAGUUGAGGAUGUCCAGACCUCGCUGUCAUGUCUUCCACUUCCUGUAUCUAUAUGUGGUUCACUAGUUGCAACAGAAGAAAAAGUUAAUCCUCUACCUCAGAAUGAAGUGGAGGAGGUUAUUGGUGAUAUUUUAACUGUUCAUUUUGGAAAGUCUAAAACUGAUCUCUCCAGCAGGGAAUCCUGCAAAAACACUGACUUGCAUGAACAGGAAGGAUAUGUAGCUAAAAUCAACGAAAGUGUUGUGGAAAAAAGGACAGAUGGAGAGAAGUAUGAUACUGAGAAUGUAGUUGAUGACAGUGAUUCUCAGCAAAUCAAAGCUUUUGCUUCUGCUUUUCUAGAAUACGAUGCUGAGCCAUAUGGUAUUGGUAUAGACUCUUACUAUAAUGAAAGUAUGAGCCCAGGUAUGGCUGACUUUACUGUUGAGGAGAAUGUUAUUAAAAGUGAUACUCUAAUAAGCGAUGCUGAGCUUGAUGAUUUCUUGUAUGGACAAGGUCUUCAGUCCAAUGUGUUGAAGUCUUCAGACAAUGAUAGUAACUUAAUGGAAGCUGAUGCAGAUGAAGGGAAUUUAACAAAUGUGAACAACCUGGAUUUCACAGAGGUCACUGAAGAACACGUGCAAGCAAAACUGGAGGAGAUAACGAGUAGUAAUAGUAAUCUUAAAGUAUCUUUUACUGCCAAUGAAUCCGAGUUUGCAGCAGAAGAGAGUAUGUCUUGUAUUCAGGACAUGACUGAGAGUGGUAGUGAAGCACUAGUUUCUAAUGUUCAUACCGAAGGUGCAAGACCAAAGCAGUUGCUUGGCCUUUCCCAAGGAGCUGUUGGUCAGAGACAACUGAAUAGAACCGAUGUACUUGAGAGAGAAAACCAGGAAGCUGGUUGUGUUACCCCAGAAGCUCCUCUCUCAGGCACCAGCGUAAAUGUUGGUAAAAACUCUGACCCUGCACACUCUGGGGAAAGCAGCUCUGAAGCUGGAGGAAGUCAAACAUCUGAAAAUGUAGACUCACUUAAAAUACCUGCAGCUCUCUCACGGAAACAGCCAUUGUGGGUUCCUGAUUCAGAGGCACCCAACUGCAUGAAUUGCCAAAUCAAGUUCACUUUUACAAAAAGACGACACCACUGUCGUGCAUGUGGAAAGGUUUUUUGUGGUGGCUGUUGCAAACGGAAAUGUAAACUACAGUACAUGGAGAAGGAAGCAAGAGUCUGUACUGGCUGUUAUGAUGAUAUUAAUAAAGCACAGGCAUUUGAAAGGAUGAUGAGCCCAACUGGUCCUGUCCCCAAUUCCAGUAUCUCAUCUGAAUAUUCUUCUCCUGUUCCACCUUUGGAGGAAGCCCAGAUAUCUGGUAGUGCUAGCUCUCCUUCACCUUCUGCAUUGUUACCUAUCUCGGUACUUAAACAACCUGGUAUUGAAGGGCUGUGCCCCAAAGAGCAGAGGAGAGUUUGGUUUGCAGAUGGUAUUUUGCCAAAUGGUGAAGUGGCAGAUACAACAAAACUUUCAUCUGGAGCGAAGAGGUCGUCACAGGACUUCAGUCCAGUAAACCCUGACUUGCCAGAGAUGCAUAUGGCUGCAAACCCAGAGGAAGAUGACAUAUUAGCUGACGUAAAUCCAAAACCUAAGGAAGAAAUUGAUAUUAUUACAAGAACAGAGGAAUUAUGUCCUUCUGUUUCUUCAGAUGAUGCGCAGCAGGCCGUUCCAGGCCAGAGUGAGGUGGUACAUAGUUACAAAUCUGUAACUCCAGAAACUAAAGAGUGUUCUCCUACUGCAGAAGCUGAGAAGACUAGUUCCAGUUCAGUUGAUCAGACUACACAUGAUAUGCCUGUUAGUCCUUCAAGUUACAGAGCACUAUGUGGUGUUGAAAACUGUGUUCGUAAAGAGAUCAGCCUUGUUCCUGAUGGUGAUAAACUGCCACCACUUUUGCUUGCAGUGGGUGAAAAAGGAAAAGAUCCUCUAGUGGAAGAACAUCCAUCUCAGCAACAGGUCACCUUGCUUCUUGUGGAAGGAGGUCCUAAUCCAUUAACUUUUAUCCUAAAUGCAAACUUGCUUGUGAAUGUCAAGCUAAUAACUUAUUCUUCGGAAAAGUGCUGGUACUUCUCAACAAAUGGACUACAUGGUUUGGGUCAGGCAGAAAUUGUCAUUCUGUUGCAGUGUUUGCCAGAUGAAGAGAUUUUUCCUAGUGAAAUAUUCAAAUUAUUUAUUGACAUCUAUAAGGAUGCAAUGAAAGGAAGGUUAAUAAGAAACAUGGAAAACAUUACUUUUACUGAAAACUUUCUCAGUAACAAAGAACAUGGAGGAUUCCUGUUUGUUUCACCAACUUUUCAGAACCUUGAUGAUCAAAUUCUACCAGAUAACCCUUUUCUUUGUGGCAUUCUGAUCCAUAAGCUGGAAAUACCCUGGGCAAAAGUUUUUCCAAUCCGUUUAAUGUUGAGAUUGGGAGCAGAAUAUGGGGCAUACCCAACUCCUGUAGUAAGUUUCAGGCACCGGAAGCCACUCUUUGGAGAAAUUGGACACACAAUUAUGAAUCUGCUUGUUGAUCUUAGAAAUUAUCAGUAUACUUUGCAUACCAUAGACGACCUGUUUGUUCAUGUGGAAAUGGGUAGAAGCUGUAUUAAAAUACCCCUAAGGAAGUAUAAUGAGGUAAUGAAGGUGGUAAAUUCUUCUAAUGAACAUGUAAUUAGUAUUGGAGCAAGUUUUAAUACUGAAGCAGAUUCUCACUUAGUGUGCGUGCAGAAUAAGCAUGGCCUCUAUCACACACAAGCAAUCAGCGCUACUGGACAUCCUAGGAAAGUUACAGGUGCAAGCUUUGUGGUGUUUAAUGGAGCCUUAAAAACAUCUUCAGGAUUUUUAGCUAAAUCCAGUAUAGUUGAAGAUGGACUAAUGGUACAAAUAACGCCAGAAACGAUGGAAAGCCUCCGUCAGGCGUUAAGAGACAAGAAGGACUUUAAAAUAACUUGUGGCAAAACGGAUACAGGAGACAUAAAAGAAUAUGUAGAUAUUUGCUGGGUAGAAAAUGAAGAAAAAACAUACAAAGGAAUUUUAAGCCCAGUGGAUGGAAAAUCAAUGGAAGGAACUCAGAGUGAAAAAGUACCACAAGGCAGAGACUUUGAAAGAGAGGGAAAAGUUAUGAAGUGUACCAAGGUAUACUAUUUCCUAAAGGACCAUGAACUAUCCAGUCCUGUUCCUCACCAGUUUGCUAAAGAGAUUGCUAUUGCCUGCAGUAUUGCUCUUUGCCCACACCUUAAAACCUUGAAAAAUAAUGGGAUGAAUAAGAUAGGCCUAAGAAUUUCUAUUGACUCAGAUAUGGUUGAGUACUUAGCUGGAUCUGGAGGUCACCUUCUUCCACAGAACUAUCUGAAUGAAUUGGACAGUGCUCUCAUUCCUGUGAUUCAUGGUGGGAUGUCAGAUCCUACAAGUCUACCAUUGAAAAUGGAAUUAAUAUUUUCCAUUAUAGAACAUCUGUUUUGA